AUGGGUCUGUCUUUGCAGUACCUGGGGUUGUCCCUGUUAGUCCUGGUCGCCUUCUCCGGUCAGGCCUAUGCAUUUGGUGCCGGUAACAUCGCCUCUCUUUCCCGCCUAGAAGGCCAGAACUGGCGUCAUGGAGAUAUCGAGGAUGCCCUCCUCACCCUCUACAUGGCAAGAGUGGCUGGUGGUAAGAAAUUCGGCAAGCUGGACGUACAGCGGGUCUACUUCGGCAACUGGUUACGUGAUUACAGCCAGGCUGUCGAUGUGGGCACUGUCAAGUAUGUCAGUGCCGAAGCUAUCCGCAUCCUCCUCUGGGUCUUGGGCUUCAUGAGCUUUGGAUACGGAACCGGAGAGUUUGAAGUUACAACGGAACGACUGGGAUGUUACCAGCCCACGGAGCAUAUCGACAAUCCCCUAGGAUAUGCUGAGGGUGAAGAUGCGCGCGACUAUGAUCGCCGACUGCGUGGUCCUAUCGAUGAAGAGAGGGAGCUCUCGGUAGAUCCCCGAACUGGUUUGAAACACUACAUCGCAACAGAGGAUAUCGGGAUCGACAACUCGGCUACACUAGUUCGCCGUGUGCUCGGUCGCUCGAUCGAACUAGGUCGCCGUUACGGUCAAUCUGGAAACAAGAAAGACCUCUAUGAGGCCUUACGUCUGUUGGGUACUGGCUUGCACUGCUUGGAAGAUUACGCCGCUCACACGAAUUACACUGAGCUCAGCCUGAUCGAACUGGGAGAGACAGAGGUCUUCCCUCAUGUCGGACGCAAUACCAAAUUGCAAGUUGAUGGUGUCCCCGAUGAAGUCUUUCCAUGUGUGACUGGCACAUUUGGUGGUGUUGACUUCUUCCAUUCCGUCCUGGGAGAGCUGUCCGAUAAAACCAUGCAGUCUGAAAUCCAGUCUUUGGAAAAUGCAGUUGCCGAAUCAGAGAAUGCGGAUUCAUCCGAGAGCUUCUUGCAGACUUUGCUGAGCAAGAUUCCCGAUGGACUGCUUGGCGACGACAAUGAUCAGACUGGCAAAAUGGACGACUUCAAGUCAAAGGCAGAUGAGGCUAAGCACGACGGCCAGAAUAUCGAUCCUCGUGAACCCGAAGAGUGGGCAUUGUACCUAGACAAUGUCCAAAAGCAGAUCUACCCAGUCCUUGAGUGGCAUGACCAGCUUUUGAAAAGAAUCAGCAAGGCCAUCGAAAAGAUUCCAGUCCUGCCCGACUUGAUUGAACAAAUCCAGGACCAAAUCACCUUGUUUGUCUUCUCUAUUCUAGCUCCCUACGUUCUCCCCAUCAUCAAACAGGUCAAGACUGAGCUCGAAACCGGUUCUUCCGAGGUGAUCCAGAGCAGCCGAGAGCAGCAGCACAUUGUCUUCAACGACGAUGAUUGCUCAAAUCCGACUCACUCGAUGCUCUCCAAGGAUCACUUCUCCAAUAUUCUGAAUGAGCCUGCUGGUCGCAUUGCAUCGUCUGUUGUUAAAUGGACAGUCCCCCAGCUUAUGCAAUGUUGGGAUGAUGAGGAUGCCGAUAUUGACCGGACUCUUGAUAGAAUUAUUUCAGGAGUUUUCCACCACCCGGCUCGUCGUGGAUCUGGCCGUGAUGGAGCUUCUGAUAUGCAUGACAUCAUGUUCUCCACCGUCGAGAAGUGGUGGAGUGAAAAGAAUGAUGAGGAACGUGACAUUCUCCGCGAGCAGUUGAGCCGCGACGGUGUCCUUGAAGGCCGGAACCACAAAGACGGAGUCCAGGAUUGUGGACACGGAUGUGGCAAGCCGAUCGCCCUUCCUAAGAAGCAUGAUAGCUCUGGUGAAGGCCAUGAGUCCAUCGACUCUGGGAUCGAGAACAUGGCAUCUCAAGCUCUGGGAGGAGGCUCGCUGGGUGGCAUUAUUGGCGGACUCGUGGGAGGCAUGGGCUCCAUGUUUCUCAACAAAAGCGACUCCAGGCCUGACCGGGAGAGCCCAGAGCCUCAGAACUACGACAGUGGGAAUGGUUACCAGAGCCGGCCCCCGCACGAGAGCUACGAACAGUAUGGAGGGGACUCCUACACUCAACCAGAGUUUUCUCGCCCAAGUGAAUAUGGACAGCCAAGCUACGGGGGCUAUGCCGAGCCCUCGGCUCAGCGCGAGGAGUAUCGUCCUCGCCCCGACGGGUACGAAUAUCAAAGUGAGACUGUCUAUGGACAGCCUCCUGCCCGUCGUGAUGACUUCUCUGGUUAUGCGCCUCCAAUGGAAAAUUACGGACGCGAGGAGCAACCUCAAUACCAAUCGGAGAACCAGAGUUACUAUCACGAAGAGCGACGGGAGACCUAUCAAAGUGGUUACUCUGGAUAUGAGCGUACAGAGACAUACCAGGGAUACGGAGACCAGCCUCGUGGGGAAUAUGGACAGUAA